ACCUCGUCGGUCCGGUUUCCGGCGGGAGUCGGUGGGGCCCGCGUUGUAGAGAAGGAGCUGCCGCUUACUUGGUGACGCCAGCUGGCCGUCGUCUGCACUGUACACUGGUAGCCGCCAGAAUGCCUCACUUGGAAAACAUGGUGCUUUGCCGCGAGUCCCAAGUGUCCACCUUGCAGUCCCUGUUUGGAGAGAGACAUCAUUUCAGCUUUGCAUCCAUUUUUAUAUAUGGACAUACUGCCAGUGGAAAGACUUAUGUAACACAAACUUUGUUGAAAACUUUAGAGCUACCACAUGUCUUUGUGAAUUGUGUUGAAUGCUUUACCUUGAGGCUGCUUUUGGAACAGAUUUUAAACAGGUUGAAUCGUCUUAAUUCUUCAGGGGAUGGACAUUCUACUCAAAUAACUUGUGACACGUUUAAUGACUUUGUUCGCUUGUUUAAACAAGUAACCAAAGCUAAAAGUCUUGAGGAUCAGACUGUAUAUAUUGUUCUAGAUAAAGCAGAGUAUCUAAGAGAUAUGGAAGCGAAUAUUUUGCCUGGGUUUCUUAGGUUACAAGAAUUGACCCACAGAAAUGUGACUGUUAUCUUUCUCAGUGAAAUUGUUUGGGAAAAGUUUCGUCCAAAUACCGGAUGCUUUGAGCCAUUUGUCUUGUAUUUCCCUGAUUAUAGCAUAGGGAACCUUCAAAAGAUCCUGUCCCACGAUCAUCCUCCAGAAUAUUCGGCUGAUUUCUAUGCCGCUUACAUUAAUAUUCUUCUUGGAGUUUUCUAUACCGUCUGCCGAGAUUUGAAAGAGCUCAGACAUCUGGCAGUACUUAAUUUUCCUAAAUAUUGUGAACCUGUGGUUAAAGGAGAAGCAAGUGAACGUGAUACUCGCAAACUCUGGAGAAAUAUUGAACCACACUUGAAGAAAGCCAUGCAGACCGUUUAUCUCAGGGAAAUAUCAAGUUCACAGUGGGAAAAGCUACAAAAAGAUGACACAGAUCUUGGACAACUGAAAGGUCUCUCGGCAUAUACUCAUGUGGAACUUCCAUAUUACUCUAAGUUUAUUCUAAUUGCUGCAUACCUCGCUUCAUAUAAUCCAGCAAGAACUGACAAGAGGUUCUUCCUUAAGCAUCAUGGGAAAAUCAAGAAAACUAACUUUCUAAAGAAACAUGAAAAGACAAGCAAUCAUCUCCUUGGACCAAAACUUUUUCCACUAGAUAGAUUAUUAGCAAUAUUAUAUAGUAUCGUGGACAGCAGAGUUGCUCCAACAGCGAAUAUCUUUUCCCAGAUUUCCUCUCUAGUCACCUUGCAGCUGUUAACUCUGGUUGGCCAUGAUGAUCAACUUGAUGGACCAAAAUACAAAUGCACAGUAUCUUUAGACUUCAUCAGAGCUAUUGCUAGAGAUUUUUGUCAUUGCUCCGAAUGUGUCAGAUCAUGCCCCAACAUUAUCAUGUAUAGGACAGAAGUUUGUGACAGUCCAAUAUGGUGAGUACACAGUGAACCAAACUGAAUUGGGUGUUACUUGAUCUACAAUAUUAGACACAUCCAGAGCAAUGCACUUCUAUUUACCACCUCAGAAGGGAACAGGAAUUGUAGACCUGGAAUUCUGUCAUAGAAUUUAUCAACUCUGUAACUUGCUUUGCUACCUUUGUUUUCUUAAUCUUCCUCACUUUUCAUGGGCAGUGUCCAAAGAGUAACUACUGCCUUCUUUCCACAUCUGCUCCCUUUCACUCUCUCACUCCCAUGAUGUUUAGUACUUCUUUUUUUGCUGAUUUAACUUCUCAUUCUUUCCCUCCUUCCCAUAUCCUUCUAUCUUUUCCUAACAUUUUGCCUUAAUGAAAACCUGAUUCUUAUCUGGGCAUACUACUUCUUUUGGAUCUAUCUCUAGAAAAGUAGCUACUUAUUUCUCAAACCCCAAUCCCUCAGGGUUGCAGGCACUUUUAGUGUCAUCUCUUCUUGUUGCUACUUCAGGUUAUUAUUAACCCCAAUUCUUGUAAAAAUAUGGACUUCUUUGAGACUCAUGCAGUCUAGCUCUAUUUCCCUAUUCUCCUGUGAUUAUCUUCUGCAACCUCCCAACCAUUCCACUUCAUGCAUUGAAGAAUAAAUCACAGACUUCUUUUUAACCUAGAUUCUUGGCUCUCUUCAAACUACAGAAAUUCUAACAUCUAUAUUCACUCUGUUCAGCAUUCACUCUGUUUCACAAAACAAAAUGGAAUUAUCAGUUGAGAACUCUUUCAGCUGCCUAUACUGGUGUACAUCUUCUUUCUUUCCUUUCAGUAGGGUAAGUCCCUCUUCCUGUCUAAAGUGGAUUCUUUCAUCUGUGCUCUGAAUUCCAUUUCCUCAGGACAAUUUUUAGUCCUCAGGCUAUUUGCUUUGCUCUGGCACCUAACACUGUUGACAGCUCUUAAAAGUCUCUUAAGGUCCAUAAUUCCAAUUUCUGGUUGUUCUCUUUAUUCUUUGGUUGUUUUUCCUAAGGCUCAUUUGUCAACUUAUCCUCUCCACCUGACCUUUAAAUGUAGCUGGUCCUUUAGGCUUGGCUCUUUUUUCAUAUACUUUUUCCUAGGCAAUUUUAGCAAUACCCAUGACUUCAACAACCAUCUACAUAUUAAUAACUCCCUAGUUGUAAAGGCAAGACCUUUCUUCUAACAUUCCUGACCUUUAUUGGGUGUUUCCCAGCUACAUCAAUACAUUUCCAAAACUGAACUCAGAAAUGCUAACUCUACUUUUGCCUGACAACAAAAAAGAAUGACCCAGCUUUCUGCCAGUGUUCCCUGUAUCAGCUAUCAGCAAUGCAGUCUGCCAUGUUGCACAGGCCUGGGAGUCAUUUCUGACAUUGCUCUCUCCCACACUGUCAGUAUCCAAGCAUUAGUCCUUUUGAGCCUACCAAGUCCCUCCUAUAUAUCUCAAAAUUACUCACUUUUAUCAUUUGUACUGUUACUUCUUUAGACCAAGCCCACCAUCAUCUCUUUUCUGGUAGCCUUUAAUUGGUUUUCUGUCUACUUUUAUCCCCUUAUAAUUUAUGGUCUACACUAUAGCCAUGAUCUUAUAAAAUUUAAUGUCACCCUUCUACUUAAAAGUCUUCAGUAGUUUUCUAUAACUUUUGGUAUCAAACAAAAAUUUUGAAAUAGCCGAGAAGGCCCCAGUGAUCUGGCCACAGCCACACCUGGCACACACCUCUCCCUUAGGUGUUUAUACUUUAACCUCUCUGGCUUUUUCAGUUUUUCAUAUUCACCAUUGUGAUUCCCAUUUUUGUAUUUGCAGCAUUUUCCAGCUCCUCCUCUCUUUUAUCUAGAUACCUGCAGAAGAAGCCUUCUCAAACAUAACAUGAUCACCAUCAUAUCACUCUCUCCACUCCACACAAUGAACAGGUCCCAUUGUCACCUUCUGAUAUAUAUCUUAGUUUUAAUUAGUUCAGUAAUUACAGUUUAUCUUUAUUUCUACAGUAUAAGUCCAUGAAGCUCAAAACAGAGACUAUGUUUGUGUCAGUUACUGCCUUACCUCCAGCCUAGCACAAUGCUUUAAACUUAGUAUAUGCUCGAUAUAUAAAUAUUGCAUGUUUUCAUAUAGUGAUUAGUAAUAAAACUUCAGAUGAAAG